AUUUAAUAUCGACCCCCCAUCUUCUUCCUUCUAUCUUCUUCCUCAUCGGAUGCAAGCAGUGUCAGGCAGAGCCCACUGAUCACCAACGAUGUUCGAUACCUCCAACCCCUUUCCAUGGGUUCGACCAUUCCUCUUCCCUAAUUACUAUCGGCUUCCCGACCGCCGAUCACAAAAGACGUUCGAUACCUUCCACUUCUUUCCACUGCUUCCAAUCGAACUCCGCUUCUACAUAUGGUCCCUAUAUUCCAUUCAUUACAGGCCCAGGGUCGUCAACAUUUCAAGUCGUCGCUGUCACCACCGGGGCUGCAAUUCAUGGCACCUUUGCACCAAGCCGCUAGCUCAGCUACACGUGAAUCGCGAAGCCCGCAGUGAGGCCCUUAGGGUGUACAAGCGCUUCCCUCACAUCGAUCCUACAGUAGAUUCUGCGCCGCACUCUUAUAUUUAUCUAGAUCUGGAGCACGAUAUCGUUCGUAUGAACGAGAUUGAACUCAAAAAGGUUCCUGUGGCGGAGCAGAAGCAACUGCGCCGGGUCAUCCUCGACGUCUACUGCGAUGGGUAUCUCCCUGACUUUCCUGAUGAAAUUCUACCGAAAAUGGAGCAGUUAAAUAUACUUGAGUUGGUCAUAUCGUUAUCGCCAGAGAAUGAGAAAACUGGCAAGGCUGCCGAUAUUGCUGAAUUUUUUGAGUCGCGAUUCGACAUAAUUGCCUCUAACAACCCAGAGUGGAAGAUGCCGCCCGUUAAGCUGACCUGGGGCACUAGGGUCGAUUUGGGGUAUCUCGAAAUGUUGCAUAAAUAUGAAGUAACCUGGAUCCAAUAUAUUCAUGUGAGCGAGGUUGCAGACCAUAAGUUUAGUGGGGAUUAUGAGGGUAUAAGGCCAGAGAUGCUAUGGGAUAAAAAUUUGCUUUAA